GAGGUGUAGAGAGCAGGUGUGCACAGUUUACACAGAGCUCACACAGACGGCUGCAAGCGUUCAGUUAUUGUCUUUGGGUAUUAGCCGCAGAGAAUAAGGCCUGAUAAUGGCCAACUUUGGAGGACAUGCUAUUCCUGGCUCUUUUUUCCUGCUCUAUGGUUUCUGGCUAACAGUGAAGCGCAUUCUCCAACACUACUGGAGGUCAAACCAGCCUAAAGGAAGACAGACUUUGCCACCAAUCUUUAAAAGACUAGACUACAUUGAAGGAGGGCUCCAGGUCUUUGCUGCUUUUGUUGGUAUUAUGGUUGAGCAGUUUGUGGUGGAUGGGCCACAUGCUCAACUCUACGACAAAGACUCAUGGGUCAAGUUGAUGAACUGGCAGCACAGCACAAUGUAUCUGUUCUUUGGGAUUUCUGGAAUUGCACUGAUUUUAAGUACAAAAUUCCUACUGGUGCCAAGUGGAGUGGGCCGCCUUGCUCUCUCUUUGGCUCUAUUUGUUGAAGGGUUUCUGUUCUACUACCAUGUGCACAAUCGGCCGCUUCUGGAUGCUCACAUCCACUCCCUGCUCCUGGUGGCAGUGUUUGGUGGAUCAGCCAGCAUCAUGCUGGAGGUGUUCAUAAGGGACAACAUUAUUUUAGAGCUGUUUGGAGCGUGCAUGUUCAUCCUACAGGGCUCAUGGUUCUACCAGAUUGGAUUUGUAUUGUACCCCCUGAGCGGACUAGACUGGAACCUGACAGAUCAUGGCAACGUCAUGUUUGUCACAAUGUGCUUCUGCUGGCAUUUAGCUGUGGCCCUGCUUUUAGUCCUUUGCACUGCAACUCUAGUUUGGCUGACUGUGGCAAAAUUCUCAGCAAAGGGAAGGGACAUAGAGAUUGGAAUGCGCAAUACAUCCUCCAACUCAAGCUCCCAGAAAGCUUUGCUGGAAGAGUCAGAUGAAGAGUGAAAGCAUGUUGAUGGUUCUUUGAUUUAUUAUUUUUUUUUAUGUUGAGCUGAUUUGUUUUGAAAAAAAUUAAGACAAAAUGGAAAUCUGUAAUUUAAAUGUGCUACGGUUUGUAAAUAUUAUAAAA